UGCUUUAUUCACAGGAGUAUAAUAUUGAUGGUAUAUGCAGAUGAGUUUUUGGACAUUUAGAGAAGAGCUUUGGAGGUAGCAAAGUUGGAUAAGCUGGAGGAUUAUUACUGAGGAAACAAGAGAAGACAAAACAGCUCAAGGGAGAACAGCAUGGGAGUGAAAAAAGAGGAUGUGGAAAAGUUUCUCCAAGGAAACCCUGCAUUUGCCAAGGAGUAUUUUGGCAAGGUGUUGAGUCCAGGCUUCAUCUCAAAGGCCUCAGGACUUCCAGAAAAUCAAGUGGACUUCAACAAUUUUCAGCAACUCUCUCAGUUGGAGGAGAGCCAAAUCCUGUAUGACAUCAUCACAGACAUGCAGGAAAAUGUUAAUAUGGAAAAGGUGGUGUUCACACUGCUGAAGAGGAUAAGUGCGCUGAUCCAUGCUGACCGCUGCAGCCUGUUCAUGUACCGACAGAGAAACGGCAUUGGAGAACUGGCCACCAGGCUCUUCAAUGUGAAUGCCCAGGCUCAGCUGGAUGACUGUGUGGUUCCUCCAGACUCAGAGAUUGUCUAUCCCUUGGACAUGGGUAUAGUGGGCCAUGUGGCUCAGACCAAGAAGACAGUUAAUGUCAAAAAUGUUGCAGAGAACCAGUACUUCAGCUCAUUUGUGGAUGAGCUCACUGAAUAUAAGACUCGGAACAUUUUGGCUACACCCAUCCUCAAUGGAAAAGACAUGGUGGCAGUGAUCAUGGCUCUGAACAAGACCACAGGACCUCAUUUCACUGAACAGGACGAAGAUAUUUUUUUAAAGUAUUUGAAAAUUGCUACUUUGAACUUGAAAAUCUUCCAUCUGAGUUACCUUCACAACUGUGAGACACGCAAAGGAAUGAUGCUGCUGUGGUCUGCCAACAAAGUUUUUGAAGAACUGACAGAUAUUGAGCGGCAGUUUCACAAAGCCUUGUACACUGUCCGAGCCUACCUCAAUUGUGAUCGCUACUCAGUGGGUUUGCUGGAUAUGACCAAGGAGAAGGAAUUCUUUGAUGUUUGGCCUGUACUGAUGGGAGAGCAGCCGCCUUACUCUGGACCUGUUACACCUGAUGGACGGGAAGUUAUUUUUUAUAAAGUAAUUGACUACAUACUGCAUGGAAAAGAGGACAUCAAAGUCAUACCCAACCCUACUGCAGACCACUGGGCUUUGAGCAGUGGUCUUCCUACAUAUGUUGCAGAAAGUGGUUUUAUCUGCAACAUCAUGAAUGCUGCUGCUGAUGAGACAUUUAAGUUUCAGACUGAGGCCCUUGAUGGCAGUGGUUGGACCAUAAAGAAUGUCCUGUCACUGCCAAUUGUGAAUAAAAAAGAAGAGAUUGUUGGUGUUGCCACAUUUUACAACAGGAAAGAUGGGAAGCCUUUUGAUGAUCAUGAUGAACAGCUCAUGGAGGCUCUGACACAGUUUUUGGGCUGGUCCGCCUUAAACACAGAUACUUACGACAAAAUGAACAAGUUAGAAAACCGAAAGGACAUUGCACAGGACAUGGUGCUGUACCAUGUCAAAUGCCGAAAUGAUGAGAUCCAGAACAUACUAAAUACCAGGGAAGUUUUUGGAUGUGAGCCCAGUGAGUGUGAAGAGGAAGAGCUUUUACAGAUCCUGAAAAAAGACCUGCCACCACUGAUUAAAAAGUUUGAGAUCUAUGCAUUUCACUUUUCUGAUUUUAACUGCACUGAGUUGGAGCUGGUGAAGUGUGGAGUUCAGAUGUACUAUGAAGUUGGUGUGGUCAAGAAGUUUCAGGUCCCUCAAGAGGUGCUGGUACGUUUCAUGUACUCCGUUUGUAAAGGCUACAGAAGAAUUACUUACCACAACUGGCGCCAUGGCUUCAAUGUGGGACAGACCAUGUUCACACUUCUUACAACAGGGAAUUUGAAGCGAUAUUAUACUGACUUAGAAGUAAUGGCCAUGAUAACAGCAGGAUUCCUACAUGAUAUUGAUCACAGAGGAACCAACAACUUGUACCAAGUCAAGUCAGGCAACCCUUUGGCAAAACUGCAUGGCUCCUCCAUAUUAGAGAGGCACCAUCUAGAGUUUGGAAAAUUUCUUUUGUCUCAAGAGUCUCUGAAUAUCUACCAGAACCUCAACAGGCGACAGUCUGAGCAUGUCAUUCAUCUCAUGGACAUUGCCAUUAUUGCCACUGACCUGGCUCUGUACUUUAAGAAACGAACCAUGUUUCAGAAGAUUGUGGACCUGUCUAAAACGUAUGAGGAUGAAAAGAAGUGGGUGGACUUUAUGUCAUUGGAGACAACAAGGAAAGAGAUCGUAAUGGCCAUGAUGAUGACUGCAUGUGACCUAUCAGCUAUUACCAAACCUUGGGAAGUACAGAGUAAGGUGGCUCUGUCUGUUGCUGAAGAGUUUUGGGAGCAGGGCGACUUGGAAAGAACAGUACUUGAACAGCAACCUAUUCCAAUGAUGGACAGGACUAAAUCAGCCGAUCUCCCCAAACUUCAAUGUGGUUUUAUUGAUUUUGUCUGCACAUUUGUGUACAAGGAAUUUUCUCGUUUCCAUCCCCAAAUCCAGCCAAUGUUGGAUGGACUCCUGAACAACAGAAAAGAGUGGAAUGCAAAAAAGGAGGAAUAUGAGGCUAAACUCAAAGCCAUUGAAGAUGCAAAGGCUGCUAAACAGGCUGCUGCUGCCAAUAAAGCUGACAACCCAGGAGGCUCUAAAACUUGCUGUGUGUGCUAAAGAACAUCAGACCUGUCAUUAAAGGAGAAACUGUUUCUAACUGACAGUCCAGAAGUAAAUGCAGUAAUGCAGAUUAUGAAAUAAACAGUCCUU